GUUUCUUUCUGGCAUGCCUCUAAAACAUCUACUUGACAACUAAGGAAAAAAAACACAAGCACACAUUUCAAAUUGUGCAUCUGCUCAGCAUCAGUGUUGAACCUAUCCCCCCACCCCAGCCCAGACGUGAGCCCACCAUGUCCGGGAAGGAGCGCAGCCCCCGCCAUCGGCCAUGGUCGGUGUACCGGGCCAACACCUUUGAUCUCUCCGCUGAGAUGAUGGGGCUCGCUCUUUCAGGAAACAGUCAAGACCCAGACGAGCCAGUGCUGGAGUUUAGCGUGGCCUGCAGUGAGCUGGUUACCCCCUCUCUGGACCGCAAACCAACCAGCUUUGUGGCAGUCAGCUGCACCACGCCACCUCAGGCCUUCUGGACCAAGCAUGCUCAAACUGAGAUCAUAGAGGGCACCAGUAAUCCCAUCUUCCUGAGCAGUAUAGCGUUCUUUCAGGACUCUCUCAUCACCCAGCAGACCCAGGUCAAACUCWCAGUCUAUGACGUGAAGGACCGCUCACAGGGAACGAUGUACAUGCUGGGUUCGUCCAUGUUUGCUGUGAAGGAGCUACUGCAGGACAAACACCACAGGCUGCACCUGACUCUCAGGUCGGCGGAGAACGAGCGCAUCGGCAACAUCACAGUCAUCGCCUGGCAGAUCGAGGAGAAGCGGGAGCAGCGGGCGCCGGUGGCAAGAUUACAGAGAGGGGACACUGUGAAUGGAAGGAUGGUUCUCCCAGUUGACGAGAGCUUGACCGGAUCUGUGAGCAUGAAAUCCAAAUCUUCAUCUUUAUGUAAAGAUCCAAUGCUGAAGGCCGUGUUCGGAGGCGUCAUGUCUCGGACCUAUCGUUUCCCCACCACGGAUGGGAACCACCUGCGUGUCCUGGAGCAAAUGGCGGAAAGCGUCCUCUCGCUGCACAUUCCUCGGCAGUUUGUGAAGCUGCUGCUGGAGGAGGAUGCUGUCAGGGUGUGUGAGCUGGAGGAGCUGGGUGAGCUCUCUCUGUGUUGGGAAAACCUCAGGAGGCAGAUCAUCACUCAGUAUCAGACCAUCAUCCUGACGUACCAGGAGACCAUAAGUGACCUACAUGAAUACAAAGGACCUUCAUUCAAGUCCAGCACCUUGAAAGCUGAGCGAAAGUUGGAAUUCAUUCCCACCAACCUGCAUAUCCAGAGGAUGAGGGUACAAGGAGAGACUGGUUAUGACUGGACGUAUGAUGUUGUGACCAUUGGAGCUCCAGCUGCACAUCACCAAGGCUUCAAAGGCUGCGGCCUCCGAAAACUUCUGCACAAACUGGAAGAAGCCAGGAAACACACUUAUGAGGAGGAGAGCUCUGCCGGAUCAGGUCCUAAAGGAAUGAACUACCAGCCACAAGAUGUCGUUAAAGCGAAGGAGCUGAUCGCUCAAAUCAACACCCUGAAGACACAAGUGUGUUACUACGCAGAGCGCCUGUCCCGAGCUGCCAAGGAGCGCUCUGCCAACUCUCUGGAGAGGACUCUGGCCAUCCUAACAGAGAAGACUCGUCAGUUGGUGGCCGUGUGUGAUUCCAAGCUGCUCUCCUCAGCCAUCCUCACCUUCACCACCGCCCGCUCAGAGUUCUCUCAGCGCAGCACCCCGUCACCCUCCUCCUCUUCCCUCUCGCCCUCCUCUCGCUCCCCGUCCCGCUCCCCCUCUCGCCACCCUCCCAUCUCCCCGUCUCGUGUCGCCACCUCACCGUGCCGACAAGUCGCUGCUCCGGAGGGCGGCGAGGGGAGUAAAAGCAAGCGAGGCUCGACGCAGGCUGAGCUCCACGAGGAGGAGUGGGAGAAGGUGUGGCAAAAUGUUGAUAAAAGCCUGGAGUGUGUGAUCCAGAGGGUGGACCGGCUGCUGCAGCGAGACAAAAUCCAAAGCGACAGCAGCUCUGAGGACGUCUUUCUGCUGGCCAGUGAGGAGCUGAGUGGCAACAAGAAAGAAAGCAUCCCAGAGGUGGAAAAGACAUCUCCAGGCGAAUGGAGCGAGGCGCUGUAUCCUCUGCUCACCACUCUGACAGACUGUGUGACUCUGAUGAGCGACAGAGCGAAGAAAGCUCUGGUGUUUCUCCUGAUGCAGGACAGCGCCCCCACUAUCGCCCUGAGCCUCACGCUGCAGUAUCGCCGUGAUGUCGUCUUCUGCCAGACGCUGACUUCUCUGAUCUGCGGCUUCGUUCUCAAGCUGAGGAACUGUCUCUGUGACUCGGGCUUCCUGCGCCAGCUGCACACCAUCGGCUUGCUUGUUCAGUUUGAGAGCCUGCUCAGCACAUACGGGGAGGAGUUGGCCAUGUUGGAGGAUAUGAGCGUCGGCGUGAUGGACCUCAGAAAUGUCACCUUUAAGGUUACCCAGGCAACCUCGGGUUUCAGCCCAGACCUGCUGCCGGUGAUCACGGGGAACAGGAACGGCUUCAACGUCAGAGUCCCGAUGCCUGGCGCCAUGUUUGACACGCUGCCGAGAGAGAUCCAGAACGGGAUGCUGCUGCGGGUGCAGCCUGUCCUCUUCAACGUGGGGAUCAACGAACAGCAGACGCUGGCUGAGAGGUUUGGAGACACGUCACUCCAAGACGUCAUCAACAUGGAGAACAUGACUCGGCUCAGUUCAUACUACGAUCAGUUCAAAGAAGUCCUCCCAGAAGACUGCCUACCUCGCUCCCGCAGCACCACCAGCCUGGCGGAGCUGCUCAAGCUGCUGAGCCAGAAUGUUAACGCCAAGAAAAAYAAAAACGUAGAGAUCCUGUGGCAAGCUGCCGAGGUUUGUCGACGCUUGAACGGCAUGCGCUUCACCAGCUGUAAAAGUGCCAAGGACCGCACGGCCAUGUCUCUGACCCUGGAACAAUGCCAGAUCCUGCAGCAGGAGCACGCCAUGGCCCCACAGGUCUUCUACCAGGCCCUGGAUUGUAUGCGCAGUGAGGGCUGCAGGAGAGAAAACACCAUGAAGAACGUGGGGUGCCGAAAAUAUGCCUUCAACUCUCUCCAGCUCAAGGCCUUCCCCAAGCAGUACCGCCCUCCGGAGGGGACGUAUGGGAAAGUCGAGACAUAAGUGGACUCMUUUCUAGUGACAAAACCAAAAGACUGAAUUUAAAGAUAGACUGAAAAUUAAACAUUUUAAAUAAGAGAAAUAUCAAACUGUACACAGUUUUUGUGCUAUGUAAACGUUAAGAUGAUUUAUGUCAAAGUGCCAGUGCUACCAUAGACUGUUUCAUAGCAGUUUCCCCGUCACCUGUUCGUAGUGCUAGAACUGCUCACUUUUCACAGCCACGAUCAGUGAAAAUGUUGCUUUCUGUGUCACCACCCUCUCAGUGUGCGGACCACGUUGUGUCUGUACCAGCUGUAGCACCGGAGGUGGGGGUUUAACAGCCACUCUGGAUCUCAGUCAUUUGAACUGUGUCUUAGAGACCACAUUACAGCAAAAAAUAAAAGCACACAUUCACACAUUUCUGGGAAAUAGAAACAAGUGAAAUUGGAYGGGGAAAAAUGUGUAUUUAUUUGUCUUGCAUACCUCAUGAUGGGGAAAUUCUCAUUGUACCAUCACAGUUUGACAACAAGAAAGAUACACACUUUGAGAAAACUGUUUAUCAGUUCAGACAAAUGGAUCAACAUGUGGUCUGAAAUGCGGUUUAAGCAAGAAAACGCACAGAUAAGCUCGGCUGUAUCACCAUUAUAAUAUGUGGUWAGAAUUUGUCAGCAGAUCAGCUUAUUUACAGAGACAGAAAUACAUAUGCAAAGAGUCAGCUGUAACAGAAAUGAUGUGGAUACAUAUUCAUAAAUGGCUGUUUUUAUUUCAUGCUGUGGCAUUGUUAGGUUCAGGAAGAAACCGAGUCUCAAUUUUACGACUGUCACCAUACAGUAACAGAAGCCUUAUUUAACUUAUUCAUCUCUGAGCUUUGUGAGCAAAACUGUUGCAUCAAAUGACUUGUUACKUUAAUCAAAAUGUUUGUUUCUGUGCAGAGCACAUUUGUUGCGUACAUCAACAGAGACAGGUUUUCUUUUAAGCUAAAUUGCAUUUGUUUGCAUCUUUAACAGUUUUAAAAUAAAAAAAAAGAUUUGAAAACA